AAUAAUUGUCAGUCGCGUUUCAGCUCGUCACGAUGAUCCACGGGGGUAUAUAAGGGCUGUGAAAAGAAUUUGUGUGUUAAACCACUGUGAACAAUUAAGAACGGAACGAUCCCUCUGACAGUACGUUGUGAGAUAUUACAUCAGAAUCAUUUUCCAAGAAGCACUAGGUGCAGUAUGUAAAUCACCUUAUCGUGGCGCCAUCCACUUAAUACCAACAUACGAUUGCAUCUACUACAAUAUUUUCGUGCAUUCGUAAGGAAGAAGAAAAAAAAAGCGAAGGAAAGAAAAAAGAGACAAGAUGACCACUGGAUUGAAAACAAUGGAAUUUCUACGAUUAGGCCGACGUGUUCGUCGUCGUCUAAAUGCCCGUAACGUGAGUGACCAGCUUCUUGCCGACGGCGAGGAGAAGAGGAGGAGGAUAUUAUUAAACAUUGACACGAAGAUGUUGAAGAUCGGUUUCAUUGGAGGUGGAAAGAUGGCACAGGCUCUGGCCAAGGGUUUCAUUCGAGCUGGAUUAAGCAAAGGUGAAAUGAUGUUGGCCAGUUGUCUCCCGAACGAUGUGAGCAGUAUAGAUGCGUUUAAGGAAAUGGGAUCAGAGACAGUAUUUUCAAACGGACCAGUCGUAGACUACGGCGACGUUCUAAUUUUGUCGGUGAAACCGCAAGUGGUUCCAAUGGUUUUGCCAGAUUUAAAGAAUUACAACAAACUUUUACUCUCUAUUGCCAUGGGCGUUCCGUUGGCAUCGUUAGAAAAGGCUAUGCCAGAUGGAACACCUGUAAUAAGGGUAAUGCCAAACACACCAGCCCUUGUGGGUUGCGGUGCAACGGUGUAUGCUCGUGGAAAAAAUGCCAGCGAUAAAGAAGUCGAAAUAGCGGAGAAAUUAUUUUCCUCCGUUGGUUUGUGUGAAGAAGUACCUGAAAAUUUAAUUGACCCCGUUACGGCGUUGGCUGGUUCUGGGCCUGCAUAUGUAUAUAUGAUGAUAGAAGCUUUGGCCGAUGGAGGUGUAAAAAUGGGUCUCAUGAGGCCGAUCGCGUAUAAGUUGGCUGCGCAAACGGUUCUUGGAGCUGGAACUAUGGUUCGAGACACGAAUAAGCAUCCAGGACAACUUAAAGACGAUGUAGCCUCGCCAGCAGGCUCUACUAUAACUGGAAUUCAUUAUUUGGAACAACACGGAUUGAGGUCAGCUAUAAUUGGAGCGGUUGAAGCAGCAACGAAACGAUGCAGGGAAGUUAGUUCAGUUAUCGAGAAGAAAUAAAUCUAUUGAACGACGAUCAACGAAAAAUCUAGUACCAGCUGAAAAGAAAACGAGGAAAGUAAAAAUGCACUGCUGUAGUCGUUAAAGUUUUAGAGAGGAACUUCAAUCAUAGUGAUAGCACGCUUUAACUUACAAUAGUUGUUCGUAUCCUUUUACGUAUGAUAUCUCAUGUGUUUAUU